AUGGCUUAUCUGGGAAAUCUGCCUAUUUUUGACCAUAAGUCAAGUGAAUGGUCAAUUUUCAAAAGCAGACUAACUCAGUUUGCGAAGAUAAAUCGCGUCGAAGAAGUGAACAAAAGUGGAAUUCUUCUCACCCAUCUUACGGAUGAAACGUAUCGCUUGGUACGAAACUUAGCGUACCCGCAAGACUUAGAAUCUCUAAGUUACUCGAAUCUCGUUAAAUUACUCGACGGUCAUUUCAAGCCAAAAAAAUGCUCAUUUGUGGAUAAAGAAAAAUUUUUUGGGGCAACCAGAAAUCCAGGCGAAUCAUUGGGAGACUGGGCAACGCGAUUGAGAGGUCUCGCAAGCAAUUCUGACUUCGGCACUGCCUUGGAAACGAAUUUAAGAGAUCGUUUCGUCCUCGGCCUGGGCCCUGGCCCGGAACAAGAUAAGUUGUUCGAAGAAGACCCGUCCACAUUGACACUGUCAGUAGCUAUGGAGCUAGCCGAGCAGGCGGCGUAUGCCAGGCAGGCGAAGGUUAUGUUAUGCACCAGCGAACAUGCUCCAAUUAAGGAGGAACCGGUAUACCGAGCGAAAUUUCAAAGUCAAGGAGACAGCGGCGCGGCUAUACGGCACAGUAGUCGCGACGAUAUUGUCGCUGCUGAGGAGACUCGUUGCCCCUCCACGUCGCCGGCUACUGUAAAUGCACACCCUCCCGCGCAACAGCCUAUGUUUCCGGGUAUAAGUAAUACGGUGCAAAGUAUGGAACAGGCUACGAAUAUGCAGACGGGUGAGCUGCAAUCGCCCUCGAAUACUGGAGCGCCGAAUCUUGGUUCAUCUGACCACGGUGAGGCAGAAGAAGUAAGUGACUGUGAGACUAGGGAGUAUGAAAAGGACAACAUUGCCCCCGUAGAAAGGCCUAUGGCAGAAACGGAGGCUGUGCCGUCCACAAUUGGCGAUUCCCAUGUACCGCCAACAUUGCCACUUUUAGCCACACGCCCAGACGUACAAGACCAAGGGUGGAUUAUAAAAAGUAUUUUUAAGUAG